GUGUGUUCAGCUCUCCAGCAGAGCGCAGUUCUCUCCUCCGUUCACUCCUCCAUUCAUCCCUCCAUCAGCUCGCACUGCAGACACCAUGACGUCCAGCAUGUCCAUGCGGAGCUUCUCCAUUGGCCGGCAGCCCUCCUUCUCCAACCUGUCUCUGAGGGACAGUGGGCGUGUCCGAGCCAAAGCCGCCGUCUCAUUCGCCGCCUCCAAGCCCCUCUCUCGCUCCGUCUCCAUGAGCAUGAGCGACCUGAACGGCAUGGGCAACCUGUCCCUCAACGGCCUCCACGGCAACAGCACCAACGAGAAGGAGGCCAUGCAGAGCCUCAACAACCGCCUGGCCAACUACCUGGAUAAAGUGCGAACCCUGGAGAAGUCCAACGCCGACCUUGAGCUCCGCAUCAAGCAGCUGAUGCUGGAGAGAGUCCCCAAGGGUCACGACAUCGACUCCAUGCUAGCACAGGCCCAUGCUCUGGAGCAGGAGGUGAGGAAGAGGACACUGGAGAAUGCUCGUAUCAUGCUGGAGAUUGAUAAUGCCAAGCUGGCUGCUGAUGACUUCAGAAUCAAAUGGGAAACAGAAAGUGCUAUGUGUCAGUCGGUGGAGAGGGACUGUGUGGCUCUUAAAAAGGCAAAGACAGACCACGACCAGAUCAUCGCCACACUGCGUGGAGACCUGGACAGCCUGAAGGAGGAGCUCUACUUCCUCAAGAAGAACCACGAGGAGGAGAUAGAUAAUCUGCGGGCGAGGAUAGCUCAGGAGGACGUGAACGUGGAGGUGGAUGCUGCUCGUGGACCUGAGUUGGGGGUGGUUCUCUCCGAACUUCGCUCUCAGUACGAGGGAAUCGUCCAUAAGAAUAAAGAGGAGGCUGAGACCUGGUACCGUAAGAAGUUGGAGGGGGUGCAGAUGGAGGUCCGGGAGAGUAAUGAAGCUCUGCGGGGGGCUCAGAACGAGCUCAGCGAGAGGCAGCGUUUCCUGCAGACUCUGGAGGUGGAACUGGAGAGCCUCCACAAGCAGGUGGCGGCUCUGGAGGGUAAUCUUGGUGAGACGGGUCAGAAGUACGCCCUGGAGAUGGAGCGUCUGCAGGCCACCCUCAACCAGCUGGAGGAGGACCUGUCUCAGCUGCGGCUGGACAUGCAGCGCAACAAGACCGACUACGAGCAGCUGCUGCGCAUCAAACAGAACCUGGAGCUGGAGAUCGCCACCUACAGGAGACUGCUGGAGGGGGAGGAGAGUGUUAAGGAAAUCCCACCACCCCCAAAGAAGGAGCCUGACGUCCGCACCAGGAAGAUUGUGAAAGUGGUCACUCAGACCAUGAUCAAUGGGAAGGUUGUGGACGAGUCCAGUGAGGUCGAGCAGAUUGAGGAGACCAAGAAGUAAAAUCGGAGCGUUUCAGCGCAGAAAGAAAGCCCCCAUUGUCCGUUAGGGACCACACUAGCCCCGGGCCCCUGAGUUACUCUCAGAUUUCUGUUUCACCGCUGAAGCCUUUCAGACAGAUCAGCUUUCUGCUCCUUUUCUCAAGCUGCACAAAAAGGCCACAUUUCCACACAGCGGCCGGAGGCGGGCGAUCAGCGCCGCGCUGGAGAGAACUCCUCCCUUUGUUCCUCUUUAGCGGCUUUAUCAAAAGGAACAUCUUGGCUUUUCUCUUCAUGUUUACAGUAUUGUUUUCCUGUAGAAACUGGGGGCGAUGAAUGUAGUCAUUCUGUAAACGUCUGCUUUUUGAAUAAAUGAUUGGUAGUUUAGAGGAUGUCAAUGAAAAAACCAAUAAAGUAAUUUAGUCAAAAUAAA